AUGAAGAGGCGUACCGCAAAGGGCGCUGCCUCGACCUUUGCCCCGCCGGCGCCGUCCGGGAUCUGUGGCGGUAACCAAAAGAAGGCGGCGAAAUUCGAGCGGCGACUGUUGAAAUACGAGGAGCUGCCGGAGUAUUUGAAGGACAACGAAUUUAUAAGGGAUUAUUACAGAUGCGAAUGGCCUUUGAAAGAUGCAGCCCUCAGCCUAUUUUGUCUGCACAAUGAGACUCUCAAUAUUUGGACGCAUCUGAUUGGUUUUCUAAUAUUCUUGGGGCUGACGGUGAUGAGCUUGACGGAAAAGACGACCUUCGAACAUGGGAUCGCCAUUUUUCUCGGGGAGGGUAAAGAUGGAUGGCUGAAGACGAAAAUGAUGAACCAAUCUAACGGCUGCAGCGCUUUCUUUCAGGAUUCGUACUCGGGCACCACCAUACCCCUUCCGAUGUGGCCAUGGUUGGUGUUCCUGACGGGAAGCAUGUGUUGCCUGGUGACGAGCGCAGUCUCCCACCUGCUGUCGUGCCACUCGAUUGGGUUGUGCUACCUCUUGUGGCGGCUCGACUAUGCUGGCAUCUCCCUCAUGAUAGUUUCCUCCUUCUUUGCCCCCGUCUACUACGUCUUUUACGACCAUCCCGUCUGCCUCCUCCUCUACCUCUCCUCCAUAGCCAUCCUCGGCGUGCUCGCCACGGCCACCCUCCUCGCCCCUGCCCUCUCCACCGCCCAAUUCAGACCCCUCCGUGCAGCCCUCUUUCUCUGCAUGGGCUUCUCCGGGGUGGUCCCCGCGGCCCAUGCGGCCCUCCUCCACUGGGGCACACACCCACACGUCCGGGCCUCCCUCGCCUACGAGGCCCUCAUGGGGGUUUUGUACGGUUUGGGGGCUGCCUUUUACGUGGCCAGGGUGCCAGAGAGGUGGAGGCCCGGGGCGUUUGACGUCGUGGGCCAUAGCCACCAGAUUUUUCAUGUGUUUGUGGUGGCGGCCGCGCUCGUGCAUUGCGCUGCCACUCUCACUAUUAUGGAGUGGCGUCGCGGUUUGCUUGGCGCAUGA